AUGUCUUACAAUACUUCCAACACCGCUGGCCCCCAUACCUCCGACAUGGCCAACCGGGUCGACCCUCGUGUGGACAGCGACCUCAGCCGCACCCAGUACGGUUCGCACACCGACACCACUGGAACUCGAGGCACUGGCAACGAGUUCGCCGGCACUCAGUCCUACGGCGGCAACACCUCCACGACCGGUCCUCACAGCUCCAACAUGGCCAACAAGCUCGACCCUCGCGUCGACAGCAACCAGUACGGCACCACUGGCAACACCUACGGAUCCAGCACACACAACGCCUCGGCCACUGGCCCUCACAGCUCUGGCAUGGCCAACCGCGCCGACCCUCGAGUCGACAGUGAUCAGUAUGGCAGCGCUGGCAACUACGGAUCCGGCACACACAACGCCGCUGCCACUGGCCCUCACAGUUCCGGCAUGGCCAACCGCGCCGACCCUCGCGUCGACAGCGAUCAGUACGGCAGCGCUGGCAACAACUUCGGAGGUGCUUCUCACGGCACCUACGGCUCAAGCACACACAACGCCUCUGCAACCGGUCCUCACAACUCUGGUCUAGCCAACAAGGCUGAUCCCCGCGUUGAUAGCGACCGAUAUGGCAGCGCUGGCAACAACUUCGGCAGCAGCACGCACACCACCUCUGCAACUGGCCCUCACAACUCUGGCCUCGCCAACACGGCCGACCCCCGCGUCGACAGUGACCGAUAUGGCAGUGCUGGCAACACCUAUGGCAGCAGCACCACCCACGGCACACACAACGCCUCCGCUACUGGCCCUCACAACUCUGGCGUUGCCAACAAGGCUGAUCCUCGCGUCGACAGCGACCGAUAUGGCAGCACUGGCAACACUUUCGGCACUGGCGCUGGUGCUGGCACUGCCACCCACGGUCGUGACAGCACUUCCACCAAGACCUUCGAGGAUGCCCACUUCGGGACUGGCCCUCACACCGGAGGCAGCACUUCCCACGGCACUGGCAGCACUUCCACCAACGCCGGCCCUCACAACUCCAAGCUCAUGAACAAGGUUGACCCUCGCGUCGACAGCGACGUCGACAACCGCGCUCGCUACACCCCUGGCGCCACUACCACCGGCAACACCCACACCGCUACCUCUGGCAACGCUGGCCCUCACACCUCCAACAUGGGCAACAAGGCCGACCCCCGCGUCGACUCUGACCGUGACCACCGCGACAACGCAGGCCCUCACAACUCAAGCAUGAUGAACAAGGCCGAUCCCCGCGUCGACAGCGACCGCGACAACCGCGCUAAGCACACCAACGCGCCCCACGGAACCACCGGCGGUCCCACUGGCACUGGCGUCACCGGCACCAGCGCCACCGGAGCUGGCACUACUUCUACCUCCCACGGCGCCCACUCCGGCGAGAAAGUUCACUCCUCCAACCUUCUCAACAAACUCGAUCCCCGCGUCGACAGCACCACCGGCCAAAUGAAGAACAGCCCCAGCAACACCUCCCACACCACCUCGGGAACCGACGCCUACUCCUCCGGCGGCGCCGGCCACUCUGCCACGGCUUCCAACAGCGCCCACCACACCGGCCAGCCAACCGCCACUCGCACCGGCGAGACCGCCGGCAACGGAGUCAAGGGGGCCGCUGCUGAGAUCCACGCAAGUCCUACUUCCCGCGCUAUCUAG